CGGCGUCACUGCGCAGAGCGGUUUGAACCAAAGAGCGGAGUGACCUUCCUCGGCUCUCAGUCUGUAGAGGGGCAGCACUGAAGCACCAAGCCGGCUCCAGCGCACCGAGCCCCCCAAUACAGCCGCAGACAUGAACAACAACUUAGCCGGAGAUGAAGUCGGGAAACUGUUUGUGGGUGGCUUAGACUGGAGUACAACACAAGAAACGCUGAGAAACUACUUUUCACAGUACGGGGAGGUGGUAGAUUGUGUCAUCAUGAAGGACAAAUCUACAAAUCAGUCGCGAGGGUUUGGAUUUGUCAAAUUCAAAGACCCCAACUGUGUGCGGACAGUGCUGGAGACCAAACCUCAUAACCUCGAUGGCAGAAAUAUUGACCCAAAGCCCUGUACUCCCAGAGGAAUGCAACCUGAAAAAUCUCGAACCAAGGAGGGCUGGAAGGGCAGCAAGGCCGAUAGCAAUAAGUCAAAGAAGAUAUUUGUAGGCGGGAUCCCACAUAACUGCGGCGAGCCCGAACUCAGGGACUAUUUCAAUAGGUUUGGAGUGGUCACCGAGGUGGUAAUGAUCUAUGAUGCGGAGAAGCAGAGGCCCCGAGGUUUUGGAUUUAUUACUUUCGAGGCCGAGCAGUCAGUGGACCAGGCUGUCAACAUGCAUUAUCACGACAUCAUGGGCAAAAAAGUGGAAGCCAAGAAGGCGGAGCCUCGCGACAGCAAGGCCCCCGGCCAGCUCGGCCCCGGACAGUGGGGGCCCCGAGGCAUCUUGAGCACGGCUAAUGGUUGGACGACACAGCCCGCCCAGGGCUGGCAACAGACUUACGGGCCACAGGGAGUGUGGGUGUCUACUACUGGUCAAGCCAUAGGAGGGUACGGCCCGCCGCUGACCGCCGGGAGGGCCAACCCGGCCCAGCCCCCGUCUCCCUUCAACGCCUUCCUGGUGACCACCCCGGCCGGCAGCUUCGCGGCCCCCCAGGGCUACCCCCAGCAGGCCUACGGCACCACGGCCCCCUUCGGGUACAGCUUCGCCGCGCCUCAAGCCGACCAGUACGCCCAGCAAGCCGUCCCCCCGCCCAGCACGCCAGGAGCGGCCCAGCUGGGAUUCGCACCCGCCACCACACCUACUCAGGACUUGAGCAAAGCCCCGACGGGGCAGCCCGACUUCCCUUAUAGCCAGUAUGGGCUGGGUCCCUACCCCCGGGACCCUUCAGCCUACGGGCCUACGCGCACCUCUCACUGUAAGGGUCCCGAUGGGCAGGCAGGCUGUGGUGCAGGUUACGGCCAGGACCUGAGUGCGUUCACCACCCACACGUUCGCCGACCUCAGCCAGCAGACGGCGUCCUACGGGGCCCCGGGCCCCCAGGCCACCGCCGUGGCCCAGUCGGCCGCCACAGCGUUCGGCCGCGGCCAGAACCACAACGUCCAGGGCUUCCACCCCUACCGCCGCUGACCCCUGACCCCCACUCAGACCCCGCCCCCUCACCCCCGACCCCGCCCCCAUCGCCGCCGCCACCUCGUCUUCUCCCACCUCUUCCUCCUCUUCCUGUUCUUCCUGUUCCUCCUGUUCUUCCUCCUCCUCCUCCUCCUCUUCUUCCUCCACAACCAGACGUUCUCGCGUUCCAGCGGUACAGUUCACGAAAAAAAAAAAAAAAACUUUAAAAAAGAAAACUACAAUAAUUUAACCGUCAGGGAAACACAGGAGCUGUUUGUUGCGUUGAGUUUGGGGGGAAUGCUGUUGGGUUUCUGUUGAUGCACACCGUAAAUGUGAAACUGAGAACGUCGUCCGAAGGCGCGGGACUCCAGCUAAUUUCUGUUCGUUUCAGAAGAAAAGAGUGAAAGGAAAUGAGUCCCGCGUGUUUUAUUGGAGAGAUGAGCUGAAAGACGCUUUUACCCGUACCCCCCUCCCAUGUUUUAUAGUAGAACUUUACUACUUUGCAAUAAUUUUGAUUGUCUGUCCAGUCACUAGCACAGAGCCUAUAUGUAAAGAGACUUGCAUAUGAAUAUGAAUAUUUAUGAUGGACAGAAACACAACAGGGUCUCCAGUUUCCUCAGCUUUAAAUUCUAGGGAAAUGUGUUCUUAUUUUUCAUUUGGUGGAUUUUGUUUACUCUCUGAGCCUUUAUUUUAAAGUUUGUUUAAAAUGAAAAAGUAUGAAUAUAUAUUAUACACAAACUGUGCAAUUUUUUAAAAAGAGAAUUUUGUACGAUAAAUGUACACUUUGCUUGUUUUUUUAUUUAAAGAUGUAGAAUUCCCUCAGGUGGCUGUUUGGGUGCAUUUUGCACUUGUGCUAAAAGAAAGGAUAACCUAUUUCAAAAUAAAAGUUUUAAAGAUAA